AUGCAUGGACAAUCUUCCUAUACCGAUGCGCGACAGCCGUUAUUGGGCGGCGAGAAGCGCCCAUGGCAGAGUCAAAAGCCUGUCCAGGAAUCGAUAAAGCAGUCUGCUUCGGUGGAUUGGUUUCCUAUGCCAAGCUGGACUCGGGCAAAGCCCAACAGUAAAGGUCGGGUAUUACCCCAAACCAUAGCACACCGCGGCUACAAGGCCGAGCAUCCAGAGAACACAAUGAAGGCAUUUGAAGGUGCUGUCGAGGUUGGAUCUCACGCCAUCGAGACCGAUAUCCAUUUGUCCAAAGAUGGCGUCGUUCUGUUAUCUCAUGACCCGGAUCUCAAGCGCUGCUUUGGCAAAACAGAAAAGAUCAUCGACUGUGACUGGAAGUAUCUGAAAACAUUGAAGACUCUGAAAGCGCCUCAUGAGCCUAUGCCACGGCUCCAAGAUUUGCUUGAAUAUAUUGCUCAACCUGGCCUGGAACACAUUUGGAUCUUACUGGAUAUAAAAGUCGACAAUAAUCACGACGACGUAAUGAGGUUAAUUGCGAAGACGCUCGCUUCUGUGGACCCGGGACAACGACCAUGGAACCAGCGGGUUGUGCUGGGCAUUUGGACCCCCAAGUUUCUGUCAUUAUGCACCGACUACCUACCAGGAUAUCCCGUCUCACACAUAGGAUUCACGACAUGCUAUGCCAGGCAAUUUCUGAAGGUUCCGAACGUGUCCUUCAACAUCUUACAAAAGGCCCUGCUCGGUCCCAUCGGAGCCCGCUUCAUCAAAGAUGUGAAGAAAGCAAACCGCCCUUUGUUUGUCUGGACCGUCAACGACGUCAAUUUGAUGAAGUGGAGCAUACAAAAAGAUGUCGAUGGUGUAAUCACAGAUGAUCCAAAGACUUUCAAAGAGAUAUGUGACGGAUGGGACGACGAUCGAGAACCGGUUGCCAAGGUCACUUGGUCGCAAUUGUUGUAUACGGUCUGGCUUUAUUGCUUGAUUUCCGUCUUCUUUUGGCGAUUUAAACGCAUGUAUCCCGGCACGGUGGCACAGUUUCUGAAGUUGAACGCCUCGAAAGAAACGGCGCGUCACAAAAUUGGCCAGUUAUGA